CAGGGCCGGUGCGCCGCGCCCGCCCCCUGCGCCCGCGCCCGGCCGCGUUCAGCGGCGGCUCCCACGCAUGGACGCGAUGGCGCCAUCGAGGGCCCCGCCCGCGAAGGACGGGGACGAGCGCGGCAUCGACUCGCGGGCGGGCUCCACGUGCGCGGCGUCGAUGCCCUCGUGCCACUCGGAGCGCGACCUCGGCCCGCGGCUCUCGCCGCUCCUCCGGGCCUCCCCGCCGGCCCCGGUCGGCCGUGUGGCGGGCCGCUUCCGGGUGCGGCUGUGGCGGGCCUCCCGCAGCCAGCCCUUCGGCGUCGCCUUCGCCGAUGGCGCCGCGCCCGGCCGCGCCGCCGUGGCGGAGGACGCGCCGCACCUGGGCCUGCGGGCUGGCGACGAGGCGAUCGGCCGCGCCGCGCCGCCCGACACCGCCAGCGACGGCGCCGCCGCUGGCGACGCCGUCGACGACGCCGCCGUCGACGGCGUCUGCACGUCGAGUAAGCACUCG